CGCAGAAGCUCGUUCAGUAGCUCAGCUUCAAGGCGUGAGCGGGUCGCGUGGUUUAUACAGUCUGAUCACUCGUUGACAUCGCACUAAGUGUAUGUUCGAAGAAGGUUGUGAAAUAAUGCAUUAUGAUUUAUGCACUACGCAAGUUAUAUGUUGUUGACCCGACUUUUCAAGGAUGACGACGUAAAGUAUUCAUAGCAUACUUCAUAAUCUUUCCGUUACCGAAAAAGUCUAGUAUCCAUUGUGGACCGCGUAAAGUAUUCGUCAACCUGGGUUUCAAAUUGAGAAGAUCAAUGGCCAUGAAUGGCUCCAUAAGAGCCUAUAAAGAGUGGACAAAAGUUUUGUUCACUCAAAGAAAGCUGACACAGGAAGAGAUCAAGCUGGUAUUCACGGCUGCAGAAAGUGGAAACUUGGAGCAAUUCCAGCGCCUCUACUACCAGGACACAACCCGCCUGUCGAUCAAAGACAGUCGUGGAAGGACGCCUGCACAUCAGGCUGCUGCGAGGAAUCGGAUAAACAUCUUACAGUUUAUCCUAGAGCAGGGUGGAGAUAUAAAUAAUCAAGACAAUGCUGGUAAUACACCUUUGCAUGUUGCAGUGGAGCACGAAUCUUUGGACGCCGUCGACUUCCUCUUACAGAGAGGUGCCGUGACGAAUAUUCUAAAUGAGAAGAAGCAAGCUCCCAUUCACUUAGCGACAGAGUUGAACAAGGUUUCAGUGCUUGAGGUGCUCAGCAAGCACAAGGAUAAGAUUGACAUCCAGCUGGGCGGGGAGCAUGGAAGAACUGCACUUCACAUAGCCGCCAUCUACGACCAUGAACAGUGUGCUAGAAUUCUGAUAUCAGAGUUUGGAGCUUGUCCAAGGAAACCCUGCAACAAUGGAUACUACCCCAUUCACGAAGCAGCCAAGAAUGCAUCAUCGAAAACACUGGAGGUAUUUCUUCAGUGGGGUGAAGCACGGGGUUGUUCCAGAGAAGAAAUGAUCUCGUUCUAUGACUCUGAGGGUAAUGUACCUUUACAUUCGGCCGUGCAUGGUGGAGACUACAAGGCUGUAGAAUUAUGUAUCAGAUCUGGCGCCAAAAUCUCUAUCCAACAGCAAGACCUCUCAACACCUGUACAUCUAGCAUGUGCCCAAGGAGCGACGGAAAUAGUGAAGCUUAUGUUCGAGAUGCAACCAGAAGAAAAAAUGGCCUGCCUUUCGUCAUGUGAUGUCCAAAAGAUGACGCCACUACAUUGCGCCGCCAUGUUCGACCAUCCUGAGAUCGUGGAAUACUUGGUGGCAGAAGGGGCUGAUAUUAAUUCUAUGGACAAGGAACGAAGAUCACCAAUGCUGCUAGCAGCACUCAGAGGAGAUAAAGCUCAUCACCAAAACUGUUGCCAGCAAUGGAAUACGAGGAAUAUUGCCAACUUCUAUGAGGAGAUAACACCACAGUGGCGCGGCGAUUUCCACCUCGGAAAUGGUUAAAGAGUAGAAUUUACCUGAACAUUUUGCAACAUUAAGCAGAAAUAGCUAGAGCAUGGUACGAGUUA